AUGUACUCUCCUUCUUCUAAAUCAGUGUCUAGUAACAGAAAUGACUUGAAAGCUACAAAUCGUCUCUUGAAGGCGAAACCGCAUUUAGUGAACACCGACGUAUUUAUGUCCACUGUCCGCAGGCCGAUUCAUUUAGCAGUCACGGUAGGUAACUUGGAAAUAGUUAAUGCAUUGCUGCGCCACAUGUCAGAAGAAGACGUGAAAGCACAAGAUUCCUCCGGUCCCAAGAUUUCCGAAUGCUUGAUCGGAAAGAACAAGGAAUUGCUUACUUUUCCAGAUAACAAUGGGCUUAUUCCAAUUAUUUUCGCAUGUAAUAGGGCCCAUAAAGAUAUGACUCACUGCCUUUAUAACGAGACUACACUAGCAUAUCUACUCUCACCAGAAAAUCAAACUCAUGCAGCCUUGGUCGUCGGUCUGUGUAUUCGAAGCAAAUUGUUUGGCAAAUACUAA